GCGGGCGCCAAACUGAUGACAUAAAAGCCGGGCUCGGGGAGCCGCUUGCGCUAGACGUGUGGCCGAAGCGCGGGGAUGGCGUCUCGCGGGCGGAGACCGGAGCACAGCGGGCCCCCGGAGCUGUUCUACGACAAGAAUGAAGCCCGGAAAUACGUGCGCAACUCACGGAUGAUUGAUGUCCAAACCAAAAUGGCCGGGCGAGCAUUGGAGCUCCUUUAUCUGCCUGAGGGUCAGCCCUGUUACCUGUUGGAUAUUGGCUGCGGUUCUGGGCUGAGUGGAGAUUACCUCUCAGAUGAAGGACACUACUGGGUGGGCAUUGAUAUCAGCCCUGCCAUGCUGGAUGCGGCCUUGGACCGAGACACAGAGGGAGACCUACUUCUGGGGGACAUGGGUCAGGGUAUCCCCUUCAAACCGGGCUCCUUUGAUGGUUGUAUUAGCAUUUCUGCGGUGCAGUGGCUUUGCAAUGCUAACAAGAAGUCCGACAUUCCUGCCAAGCGCCUGUACUGCUUCUUUUCUUCUCUUUACUCUGUUCUGGUCCGUGGAGCCCGGGCUGUCCUGCAGCUGUACCCUGAGAACUCAGAGCAGUUGGAGCUGAUCACGACCCAGGCCACCAGGGCUGGCUUCACUGGUGGUGUGGUGGUGGACUACCCCAACAGCGCCAAAGCCAAGAAGUUCUACCUCUGUUUGUUUUCUGGACCUUCGACCUUUAUACCACAGGGCCUGAGUGAAGCUAACGAGGAGGAGGAGGAGGAGGAGGCCGGGGAGUCCACGUUCACGGCUGAGAGGCUCCCUCUUGUCCUCACACCAGUGUCUACAGACGACAUGUCCUAACUGUAAACUUAGGUAAGUUGUGGGGCCUGAGCAUCCUUUUCUCAUCUGUUUAAAAAUGGGGGGAUGUGCCAGCCACUCGGGCAGUGUGUUGAGGAGUCAAGGGCAUGUCUGUACAGGACUCAGCUCGGUGCCUGGCGUGGACCUCAUCUUCCUACAGCCUCUUCCUCCUGAAGUCCUGGGAUUUGGGGAGGGCAGGGAGGAGGCCGUUGUCUACUGUAAGGCUGACCGGGCUUCUCCUGGUGCUGUCACUUCUGUCUAAUCACAUUCAGGCCGCUUAUAAAUAAAUAGGUAAAGUAAAACAAAAAGACAAAAACGAAAAAAAAAUUUUUAAAUAAAGUUCUGUAAACGUUUACCUAAUUUUUCUGUAAUUUCCUCCCCUCUCCACCCUGUCAAUGUUGCUUGAUUUAGUAUUCCUUAAUCCUCACCACCCCGCCUCUACCUCUUGUCAGCUGCUCUCUCCAAAGGCUCCGUCCCCUCUGGCAUUUGCACUGCAGACUCCACUUCCCUCUUGGCACCUGUGGUCCGGGCCGCUCACCAUCUUCACUGCCUCUGUCUCCCCGAUGACCCUGCCCCAUCGUCCCUCCUGCAGCUGAUUAUCUUCCCCCUGUUCACUGCGGUACCCCAGAGCCCGUCCUUCCUUAGAGACUCCUGGGGAUUAGUCCUGCAUCUCCAGCUGCCUCCUGCAUCACGUCUGGCACAUCGGACUCCUGUCCCCUCAUUGUAGGCCUUCUUAACUUUCUUCCGUGAGCUACUGUCUCUGUACACCUUAACAUCUAGAACGUGUUGUCAUUCCUUUGGUAGAAGGCCUCACUGCUUCCUGGAGGGAGGGCAUGUUUCUUGCUGGUGUUCACACCACCAUGAACUGGCCCAGCCAAGGGGGAUUCUGAGUUUUUUUAUUUAAUCUGCCUUUUAUCUUUAGGUUAGAACAGAUGAGAAGUAGCAGCAGGAAGGCUGUGUCAAGCAGUCGGGCUUCCACUGGUCUUCAGGCAAGGAGGACGCUUACAAGAAUGACUCAAUCCUCAGCAGAUCCUCUGAGCCUCACUUGGGCCCUUUCCCUUCUCCCAGUCAUGACUCCAGGCAACAGGGCUCUUGUACUCCCUAACCUUCUCCUUCAGUCCUUUCCCUGUGCCUCAUUUCCAUGCAUUGUUUUUGUCUGGAAUGCUGUUCCACCUUCUGCACGAAGAAAUACCAGCUUAUCUCUAUGGCCCUCUUCUUUCCCCCAUCACUCCCUUAGCAGCUCCUGGCCUCUCUGCACUUGCUUUGCCUCGUGCGGGUGGUCGCUGCCACAGCCCAGCCGUGGACUCUUCAGGGGGCAGGGCUGCUUCAUACCCAUGGUAGAACCUCUCUGGGCCGAGCAUGCAGGUACUCGGGAAUCGGUUACGCAAAUGGCAAGCAGCCUCCAUGGGAUGCGAAGGCUGAAAACAGUUUGAUUGCAACUGCCAGGUGGGGAUGUGGUUUGAGGGCCCAGGCUCCCCGUUCUCAGGGCCUCUCUCUCCGGUAGAGCUGUGGGAGGUCCCCUUUCUCCUCAGCCAGGACUGGAGGCCGAGAUCAGCCCUGGAGGACCAUCGUCGGGGCUGCCACGAGCUGGGUGGCCUUGUUUUCCUGCCUCAGACAUUUGUAGUUACUAGAAGCCCCAACUGGGUCUGUACCAAGUGUGCUGACCCCACAGUCAGACUAGGGCCUUAAGUGGCAGCAGCGGGCACGGGGCCUCUGGCUCUCCUUGCAUCCGCUCUUGUGAGCCAGUCCUGGCCUGGGUUGCCCCAAAAGUAGCUUGGCCCCUGCCUGCCCCACAGGCAAGUAUGUACACCUAACGUGGUCGCCCACCGCGAGGAUGCCUACACGCAAAGGGGACCCCCACCUCGCCUGCCUCCUAAACAACUUCUCUGGCCACAGCAGGUGUCACCAGAAAGGGGGUAUCCAGAAUGGGGAUUUCUGUUGCGGAAGGGGCAUCUGAGGCCACCUGACUCGCGGGAAGCUCACCACGUUCUGCUGCCCAGGUUAACCCGCAUGCCCGCCAGGCCACCCCUUCCACCUGGCUCACAGCUGUGUCUCCC